UCGCGCAAUUAUUGAUCACCAUUAUUCCAGCUUGAAUGUGACAUUCGUACCUUGUUCAGUCUCACGCACUGCGACCAUGUCCUCGUCGCAGAGCCCAAAGCUGCCUGCGGCGCCUGUCGCUCCUCCGGCUCCUGUAUCUGUCUCAGGCUCGAAUCUGACCGGUCCGAAUGCUUUCCAAUCUGUCCUCCCAAUGGUCGAUAAUCUGUUAUCGAUCAUUUCUUCACAAAUCACUUCAGCGAACCCGCCGACUGGUAUUCAAGCGGCAGAAGCAGUGACCAGCGAGGCUAAAGAAUUGGCUCUCGCACUUGGACGAAUGAAGACUGCGGCGCAGAGUUUACCCGGAGGAGAGUAUAACACGUCUCAAGUGGAAGAAAUGAUAAGUGUGUUGAAGAAAGAAGCGGAGAGGAGGCGGUGAGUCGGAUUCUAGCGGUUAUCUUUCGAGACUAGAUGGGGAACACUUGGGGACCUUUUGCCCGACCAGACCCUAUGGUUGACAAGUACUGAUAUGUUCCGGCAGGGAGAUCCUGCGCCGUCUUGUAAAGCCACCAGUGGCGAGCAUAGAGACAGUUGACGUUUAGAGCCUUCACAGACAAUAGUUGUAAUAUAGAUCAGGGGCGCCGGCUCUCAAAAAAUGACAAGCGUCGCCUGUCCCAUGUAUUGUUGUAACAGGGCACGUUGUCGCUAUUGCAGUCAUGUCAGACAAUAACCAG